AUGUAUUCGUAAGUUAUCAAGAUAUGGAUAGAACGUCUAUAUUACUUAUUUUUUAUAAAUUUUUGUUUUCAGAUCGGCGAAGAAGCCUGUCUUUUUUUGGAAUCGGUUUAUUCAAUUCCAAGCUGUAUUAAUAGCUACUGGUGUCGCCUUCAUAGUUUAUGUUUUGUUGGUAGUUGCGCGACAAGGUCCUGGAAAUAGUCUUCUUUCGGUAAGUUAUUUAUUUUAAGUUUUCAACGUUUAGAUUUCGUCUUAAAUUAUGUAAGGUAUAACUGACGUUUAAUGUUGUUUUAGAGUGAAAACAGUCUUGCUUUGCAAAGAAAUGAAGAACAAUAUUUGGCCGACAUAGCGCGAAUGAUGUAUGAACAAAAUCACUUGGAGUUUAGGCUUUUGACUGAAGAAUUGAACAAGGUAACAUACUUUAUAUUAGGAUUGAUUGAAAGUUUAGAUAAAACAGGAGCUGAAGACAAGUAUGGACUCGGUGGAGGACAAGAUUGACAAACUAGUGGCUGAGAAAGGUGCUUUACAUUUUAUCAAAGUGUUUUGGGGUGGUAUUUAUUUUGAAGGAUAACUAAUCUUGCUUUAGAGGCCGCGACGACACCAGAACCGAAAACACAUCUGAAGCCGAAUUUUGCUCAAAUCUAUCUAGGUAAACUUUGGUUUUACUGUUUUAAAAUUUUAUAGGUGCCAAAAUACACUCUCAUUCGGCUUCAAAUGAUCCCGAUGUUUAUCAGUUUUUCAACAUUCCAUUGAUGAAUUACAAACGCGACCCAGAUAUUGUCUUACAAGUGAGUUUUUUUGAUAUUUUGAAGCCAAAACUUGUUAGAUUAGAAAGAAAUUUCUUGCAUAGGUAACUGAGAUUAUUAUAAUUUCUGUGCUUAAUAUUUAUAUUGACUUUGUGUUUUAAGACUUUGUUUUCUUCACAUUAGGUAAUACUGUCGGAAUUUUAAUAUUUCUUGUCUUUAGCGACAUUUUUUGGUAUACUUUGUUUUUAUUGACUGAAUGAUUAUUAUUUUAACAUGCUUUUUUAGUUUCCAAAUCUAGAAUUAAAGGAUUUAAAGUUUUGUGGGUAUUAUCUCAAUUUCAUCAAGUAAUCUGACCGUUUUUUGAGUUUUUCCUGUAUAAAAGCAGCUUUAUCCGAAUAUUUCAAGAAGAUUCGGGACGAUUCAUGUUAAUACCGGACUUGUAGAAUAUUUUUGAACUGGAAAAUAAUCUGCUUGAGUAUAAUUAACAUUGAAAUUGCGAGUAAUCCGGUAAAGAAAGCUGCUAUUUUUCGAAAUUUUUAACAAAAAGCCGACGGAUUAGGGUCGGUUAAGCUGUAAAUAAGGGUAAAUAUUGAAAUUUAGAUUUAUUCUUUGAGUUUUUUGUCUUUAUUAUUUAGAGAGGUGUUUAAUAUGUCCAAAAAAGGUUUUAAGCAUUAAGAAUGAGUUUUUUGUCAUGUACAAUAUCAAGAGUCUUGUAACUUUAUCAUUGUGAAACACUGUUAGUUAAGGAUUGUAAAAAUAUGGAAAAAAUAAGAUACAAUAGAAUAACAAUAUCAUUAUAGGGUAAUGAAGAACUAACUCCGGGACUAUGUUGGCGAUUCGAAGGAGCACAUGGAGAGAUUACAGUAAAACUGUUGGAACCUGUGAAUAUUACUCAACUCACAUAUCGGCACCUCGCUCCGUAUAUUUUGUCAGACGAUGCACCUAAAAUGAUCGAAGUUUCGGCUGGUUAUCAACAUGAUUCACUAUUUUUUGUUGGACAGAUGAUGUUUGUCGACCAGGAAGCAGAUGUAGCGAUGUUGCAGUUGGAGGUAGAGGAGUUUUGAAGGGUGUUUUGAAUAAAUUUGUUUUAAUUUGGUAUAGAUAGGGUAUUAGGCUAAUUUGGCUGUUAAAAUGGGGUUCAAAAGCUUUGGCACUUACAAAAAUAUAUUGUUGUUGUUUUUUUGCUUUUUUCAAUAUUUUUUAAAUUGGCAAGUUUUUAGCUUUAAAUACUGAAACAAAUCUCUAAAAGCAAGCUGAUGUACCUAUCUUUUAAAAAAAAAAUUUCAGAAGCCAGUUAUCGGCCGAUUCGUCCGCUUCUCCGUCGUUUCCAACCAUGGCGGACAGUUCACAUGUCUAUAUCGAUUAGGAAUUCACGGCGAACGACUCACAUCAGAAUGA